CUCCACAACAACCUGGGAAAUACCAACAGGUCUAACGACACCGCAGAUCGCACGUUGCGCAGCGGCCCCCUACUCGAGGAGGACAGUAAGUGGGAAACGGUGAGCCGAGGGUUGCGGCCCGAGGAUCGAGAGCCAUGUAUGCGCACACGCCAUCGCCUGCGCCGCCCCCAAAGCCACCAGGAAGCCACGAUGUAAGCCGGAUGAGCACGGCCGCCAGCGGGUCAUUACCGCCGGUCCCGCCAUUGCCUGAACCGAUAACGGGCAUGCCCGCGGCGGCAGAGGAGCACGCCGCGCAAUCGCAGGACAUUGCGGAUCCUGGUGAUCGGUGGCUCCCCAAGUUCCUCGAGGACAAGUCCAAACAGGACCUGGCCGACAUCCUCUCGGACCCGGCAUUGCUCACGGCGCUAACGCACUCCCCGCGGACGAUCCACCCGUCGCUGAGGGCGUCGCACGGCGCGCUGCAGGCGGCGCUGGCCGAGAACAUGGAGCGCGCGGCUCAGCUGCUCGACCUCGAGGCUCGUCUCGCCCACCAGCGGACGGCCGCCCAGGCGCAGCUGCUGUCGACCCACGCGCUGGAGCGGCAGUGGCGCGCCAAGCAGGCCGACAUGGACCACGCCCUGGCGCCUUUCGCGCCCGCCAGCCUGUACCAGCGCCUGGCGCAGGGCGUGGCCGAGCAGGAAGGGGUGUGCGACGCGCUCGAGGAGAGCUUUCUCGAUGGCGGGGGAGACGGCGCCCUGGCGACGGAGCGCGAGGUGAGCGACUGGGUCAGGCGGUACAGGGAGGCAAAGAAGCUGUAUUAUUUGCGGCAGGAGAGGAAGGAGAGGUGGGACGAGGGCCGUGUAGGUGGCUGGCGGUAGUGGAGCGGUCAGGUAAGAAGGUUCGGGGUGUGUUGGGAAGGGGGAACAGUUGCCAGUGGAGCCCGGAUAAGGGGCCCGCACCGGGCAAGAGGGUAUGGACAGGCCCAAAACAGUGUAAUACGAUUAGAAGGCACAAUCCACGCGUGGAGGAACGGUCGGUCACUCGGCCAGCAUAAUGGCCAAGCGUAGUUGGUUAAUGAUUAUCUAAGUGGUCAGCCG